CAGCCACGGAGGCGCUGCAAAUUCCAGCGGCUGUAGAGCUGCCCAGAGCUGCCCCACACAACAAAAAAGGAAGGCACAGUAUGGUUGUGGAGGCAGUGGUCGUCGGCAUCGAUGGCACCUGCCCAGAAGCCCCGGGCUGGGUGACUAUAACAUACCAGCUCUCCAAGACAGAGCACACGACGCGCGACGGCAAGCUAGAGAUGGCCCGGCUUGAAAAUGAGGCGGCGCUCGGCGUGAGCUUCGCGUACCCUGGUGCGUUCCGAGCGCGACUGCGCGCGGCGAACGGCGGUACCGUCAUCGAGGCGACGCCGCCGGGUAUCGAAGGCGUGUUCGAGAACCUGAGCGACGGCAAGUAACGGUGUGGAAAUCAACCAGUGCGUCGUGAAAUUUUGAUUUCCACACAGGCGAGUACCUCCUGGAGGUCGAGAAGGAUCCGGACGCGACGUUCCAGCCGCACGUGAACGACGCGGUGGCCCGGCGCAUGCGCGACAUGGGCGCAUCAGACGCGCCCGCGGAGGACGACGACGAGGACUUUGACACGGCGCUGGCGGCGCGGAUGGCGGCGAUGGCGGCCACGGAGAAUGACGCCGGCUGCGACGACGGCGUCGUGGAGCCGCUCGUCGAAGCGUCGAUGCCACCGGUGGUCGCCGACGCCCCCGCGGGCAAUGACGUGGAGGCUGUGAAGGACGAGUGGUCGCGGAUCCCGGGGCGGGUGACUGUGAAAUACAAUGUCGAGGAGGGCGCGUACGUGUGUGGAAAUCAAAUUCACCCGACUCACUGGUUGAUUUCCACACAGGCGAGUACCACACAACCGACGGCGUGCUGUCGAUGCGCGAGAUCGACGAGGACCUCGCGAUCUCCUUCGCGUUCUCGGGAGCGUUCCGGGCGCGGCUGAAAUCGAACGAGUUCGGCCACGUGCUCGUAGCCUCUCCGACUGGCAUCGACGGGAUCUUUGAGGGGGUUUUCAGAGGCGGGUAUACGCUCGAGAUCGACGAGGAUCCCCUCGUUCCGGUCGCGGAUUCGAUUGCCUACGCCGCGCCCGCCGUCGAGGAGACUCUCGGUAAAAGGGAUGACAUUACGGCGGAGCUCCGAGCGAUGGACGCCGACACGCUGCGGGCGCAAGGCCCGGAGUACCAGCGGCUCCUCGCUGCGCGGGACGCCGAGGGCGUACUCUCUGAACUGGCAUCAUAAGACAAUGUAC